GUUCUCCUAAAGUUCAAGUUUUCAUCAAUGGAUCAGUACAGACUGCAGCAUGGGAUCAAACCAAAAACACAACGCUUCAAAGCCAAUUUCAAAAACUGAAUGCUAUUCAGUAUGUGAACGUUACUGGUCCAAGAAUCAUCUCCAUAUCCACUCAAGUGCUAAACGUUGCUGACUUUCAGGUAGCUGUUAGUGUCAGAGUGCUAACUUCUAAACUUCAAGAAAUAGUCACUUUUCUUGAAACUCAGCUUUCAGCUACUAUAUUUGUGGACACUCUAGGAAUGGUCAUUGUAGAGGCCCCAGGGACUAAAGUUUGCUAUCAGUCCACGCCGCAACUUGCAUGCAAACUUGAGGAGCCCACAGGCAGCGCAGGCUGGAAUAUGACCACACAGACUCAGCGCUUUGAGCUCAACAAUGGCAGUGUGGUCCAGCUGAAUCAGACAUGUGCCACAUCCAUUUACCAAUCUUGUAUUGGUGUUACACUCAAAGUGGUGACAGGCAUUUGGGAAGGCACAUAUGAGUGUGGAUUUACGAUUGGUUCAAUCAGGCACACAGGCAGGACUUUUCUGAGUGUGGCCCUCCUGCCUGACACUAUUACCAUGAGUACCAUGCCUCUUACUAUGGACUGUUCAAAGAGUCCGCAAAGUGUAAACAUCACUGCCAGUGUCAUAAUCCCAGCAAGCAGUAAGAGCUAUGACAUUUCGUGGAGCUACAAUGGUUCGGCGACAAACUACACAGCCGUACAAAACACAACUUCAAAGGGUUACGUUAACUACACGUUCACUCCUACCAUCCCCUGCACAAAAGGAAGUGGAACUUAUGUUAACAUCACUUUUAAAAAUGAUGUGAAUCAAAUGAAAAGUGCACAAAUAAACAUUCCAGUUAUCAAUGCUAAUGACAUAGUUUGUAACCAGAUCAUACUUAAUGGAGAUACAUGGCCAGAAACCCCAGCUGGAGAAACAGUGAUUAUUCGAACAUGCCCACCAGGAAGGGUUGGCUAUAAGUCCCGGACUUGUAUCGGCCCUGCUUGGCAGGACGUGUUCUCCAGCUGCGUCAGUGAAGAAUUGGACAAAGUUUCAAAUGCAGCUCAAGCCUUCCUGAAGGGACUAGGGGCUACCCCGGAAGUGGCCAAGAAUAUAUUUGAAGGGCUAAAGAACAGCUCUACAUUAAGUUCUGGAUCCGGUGAAAGUAUAGCUGACGUUAGCGCCUCCAUCGGUGUUCUAAAUAUGAUGGCUAAGGCAUCAAACACAACUGUGUUGGGAGAGGAUAUCUUUCCUGAUUUUGUUAGUGCAGCAAGCAAUAUGUUGAAUGGCACCUGGAAUGGGGUAAAUGACACAGUUCGUUAUAACAUGUCAUCAAACUACCUAAAUUCUGUGGAAGGUCUAGUGAAGAAUAUUAAGGUCAACCAGAGCAAUGGAGUCAACAGUACAAAUCUAGACCUUACAUUCUGUCGAAGCCAUGACUGUAAUGUGUCUGUGUUUGACAUUGGUGUGAAUAUGAACAAGACCAAUGGAAUACUGAAAACUGUAGCUGUGAAAAAUCUAAUGAGUAAAUUAAAUAACAGCUUUAAUGGUGCAAAACCUGACCGUACCGAUCUCAUAUUAUCAGCCACACUGGACAAUAACAACGAUUCAACUAGACGAAUUAGACUGGACUUCCCCAGUGGGAAAACCAACCCCACUCAACCUCACUGUGUCUUCUGGAACCCUACAGGGAAUGAAUGGUCAGAUGAAGGAUGCAAUAUCAGCAUUUCCGAUGAAAACCACACAGUAUGUGAGUGCAACCACCUGACUGCAUUCUCUGUCCUAAUGUCCAAGAAUGAUGGACGAAAAACAGAUCCCACCCUUGAACUUAUUUCAAAUAUUGGCCUUGGUGUGUCCAUUUGCUCCUUGGUGAUUUUUCUCAUCAUUGAAUCUCUCGUGUGGUCAGCUGUGGUCAAGACUAACCUUUCUCAUUUCCGCCACACAGCUAUAGUGAACAUUGCCACAUUCCUCUUGCUGGCAGAUUGCAGUUUCUUGGCUUCUAGCAAUCCCGAGACUCUCAGUGACAGCUGGUGUCUAGUACUGACCAUAUGCAAACACCUGUUUUACUUGGCUAUGUUCUGCUGGAUGCUAUGCCUGAGCAUCAUGCUUGUCCACCAGCUGAUCUUUGUCUUCAGCCCACUGAGGAAAAGAGUUUUCAUGUUCCUCUCCAGCAUUUUAGGCUAUGUUUGCCCAAUCCUAAUGGUGGGAUCCAGCUAUGUGUACUACAAAUACACCAACCAGAACUAUCACGACCCCAAAACAUGCUGGCUAGUUUACGUAAAACUCUUGGUUGGCUCCAUGCAUGCUUUUCUCCUGCCUGUGGGAACCAUUGUUUUGGCAAAUCUCUUUUCCAUGGUUGUUGUCAUCGUUACACUGAUGAAGACCUCAGUCCCUGACAGCAGCAAGGCCGAUGACAAGGAAACGGCAAAAGGCAUCCUCAAAGUGGUGAUCGUUCUAACACCGGUCUUUGGAGUGACAUGGAUCGUUGGCUUCAUUCAACUCAUCAUGUCUGAUAGCCCCAUGUAUAACGUUAUUGCCUACAUUUUCACCAUCCUCAAUACCUUCCAGGGUUUUUUUAUCUUGAUCACAGGGUGUUUUGCAGAGCAAAAGGUCAGAGAGGAACUGUUCAAGCUCAUAACGGGAAAAUCAAAAGGAAACGACAGCACAAAGAAAUUCACUUCAACUACUUACACAAAAGACCACUGAAGAUGCAGAUUGUGAAUCCUGAACUAACAAGUCACCUGUUCAACUACCCCUCUACAGGAGAAUACAGUUUGCAUUAUGUUAGUAUGUAGUUCCUUGACAUUCACAGUCGGUUGUUUAAGGAGAUUUAACUAAAUGUUGUUUAUAACCAUAUCAUUAUCUAUAGUUAUAUGUAGAUUUCCUAAAAAGCAAUGAAACCCCUGUCUAGUCGUUAUUUAUGACCCAUUAAAAUUGUAUGACAGUGUCUUUAUCUCCAGAGGCCCUGCCUUCCUUUUUUUUUUCUUAUUUUGCCAUGUAACUGACAUUUCUUGUCUGUAACACAUAUACAGGACAACAACAACAAACAGGACAAAGAAUGCACUUCAGCUGUGUUGACAGACAGUGUAAAACAUGUAGGUACCUGCCAGGUGUAAAAGUGACGCCAACGCAAACUUGUCUUGUACUUUUGUUUGCAGUCCUUACUAAAUGACGUCCUUGAUAUAAAUGACAGCCUGAAUGGUGAGGGUUAGGGUUUCAGUGACUCGUUUCUGGUCAUAGGGAAUACACCUUUAAGUAAAUCUUGGAAAUCAAGGGCAUUCUUCUUGCCAGAAAAAAGAAUUUCCCAUGAUGAUAAUAAUAAUAAUAACAAUAAUAAUAAUAAUAAAUCUUAUUUAUAAAGAAUUAUCGUGAAGCUUCAAAUGAGACUUCAGAAACCAGCGGGUAACACUGAACAUCUUUUAUACUGUCUUUGCCUGAAGUGAAUCUGGCAGUGAGUUUGAUAUUUGUGUUUGCUAGCAAUAAACAACAACUGUAGCAUACUAUACCUUUAAACAGAGCAUUGUUGUCAAUGAUUAGCACUAAGGUUCCGAUGACAUUUGUACUUGACACAAAGUACUUCUAGCACUAAUUGCCAUUAUUCUUAGCUACGGUUGGUAGAUUUUGUCAGUUAUCUUACUAGAUGCAAAAAUCAUUUGUUUUCUUCCAUUCCAAGUAAAAUUAAAGAUAACUGUGUACAUCUUUAUAUCCAAAUGACUAAACUGGAUGUUUGAUAUUAAGUAGACCAAGAGUGCAAGUGCUGACUGUGCAUAGAACAAAGUAAAUGCUUUAACAAGUCCAGACUUAUUUAAUGGUUGUAUUUAAGAUUAAUUACUGUAUAUUUAAGUUUAUGUUUUGGCGUGAACUAAUACCUGUAUACUUUCCCUGUGUGGCCACUGUAUGUAUCUCAAAUCUGUUCAAAUAAAAAUAG